AUGACUCCUGAAGUGCCCAUCCAUCGUCCAUUCGCACAACCCUCUCGACGUUUUGCCAGUGAUCAUGUACCACAACCGAUCUACCUCGGCGUCGGCAUUCACAUUAUACCAAAACAAUCCAUUUCUCGUUAUAGUAUAUCAGUACACGAUGGAUGUUACACCACCGAUUUCUUUUCCGGUACCCUAUGUAGUCAUCCUCCCGAUGCGUCACGCCAUCAAUGCAUCCAUGAAGCUAUCGAUAUGCUACGUACAGUCGUUCAGAAGUAUAGCACAGCCCAAAAUUACAAAGUGCAGCUGAUCGCAUGCUCGUAUCACCUUGAUGAUGACAUACUCCAAGAUGAUGAACGACCCGAACAUACAUCCAUGAGCUACUUUUGGCGUGAAUUGGACGCAUUGCCCUUUGUAGUCGAAACAAGUGGCAAAACACUCGAUGAAUGUGCCAGCUCAGCAGUGCGAAAAUCGGUUGUUUGGUUGACACCUGGUAUCCCUGGCAACCACCUUCGAACCUAUCUUGGUUUCAGACACGAGGUGGAAGUGGACUUUGGCUACAAGAUUCAUAUGGUCGACCUAGCAGAUUACAGGAAAACAGUAUGUGAGAGGACAUGGAGGAUAUUGAAUGAUAUGGUGGACAAAUUCAAGCAGCGGAAUCCUCGAAUCAGUUUCUUUUCUUCAACACCACGUGGUGGAGGAGUGGCUCUUAUGCGACAUGCCUUGUUACGAUUCCUUCAUUUGAAUGAUAUCGAUCUUCAUUGGUAUGUUGCACGGCCCAAGCCUGAAGUUUUUGAUAUUACCAAACGCAAGUUGCACAAUGUGCUCCAAGGUAUCGCUCCAAUGGCAGUGGCCAGCUUAACCGACGAGGAGAAACAGGCGUAUAUGGAUUGGUCAACCGAGAACGUUGAGCGUUAUUGGCUUGAUGAGGAUGGUCCUAUCAGGAAUUCGGAUAUCAUCAUUGUUGAUGACCCACAAGUGACAGGCAUUAUCCCCCAUAUUAAACGGCAUGCACCCAAUGCUCGAAUCAUAUUUCGCUCACACAUUGAGAUACGAGCUGAUCUUAUUCGUGAGCAUCCCAAUGGCAGAGAAGCUCAAUCAUGGAAGUUUCUUUGGGGUUUUAUCAAAGAUGCGGACCUUUUCAUUUCCCACCCGAUCGACAACUUUGUACCUGACCAUGUACCUCGGCAAAACGUUGCAUUGAUGCCAGCAUGCACUGAUCCACUGGAUGGGUUAAACAAGCAUUUGGAGCCAUGGUGUGUAGAAUACUAUCAACGUGUAUUUAAUCGCGUGUGUUUGGAUCAAGGUGCACAUAUCGUGGAUUGGAACAGACCUUAUUUUGUACAAGUGGCCCGAUUCGAUCCAUCAAAAGGGAUACCAGAUUGCAUGGAAGCAUAUGCAAAGCUACGAAAGCGAUUGGAAGUUGAGCAAUUUAACGGCAAGAUACCACAGCUGAUAAUAUGUGGUCAUGGCUCUGUGGAUGAUCCAGAAGGAAUCGACAUUUAUGAGGAGACGCAUGAUCAGCUCGUUUUAUCCGAGUACGCCCAUGAUAUCAUUGUUGCACGUCUACCACCAUCCGAUCAACUCUUGAAUAUGGUGCUUCAAGAAGCUCGAGGUGCUCUUCAAUUAUCUCAUCGUGAAGGAUUUGAAGCCAAGGUUACUGAAGCCGUCCAUAAAUCAAUACCUGUUAUCGCUUAUGAUGCUGGUGGCAUCCCUCUUCAAGUGAACAAGGAUGUUAACGCUUUUAUACUUCCCGUGGGCGACGUGAAUGAAGUAGCGAACAAGAUGUACGCAUUAUUGACCGAUGAUGAACUCCAUACAAGAAUGAGCAAGGCGGCCAAGGAGAACUUGAGCGAAGAAUACUUCACAGUGUGGAAUGCAAUGAAUUGGCUUUAUUUGUUUAACGAGCUAUUGGCACAAGAUGCUUCAGGAGAAGGAUUGGAUGGUCAAGAAAAAACACGUGAUCAUAAUUCGGGUAUAGGAGACAAGCGCAAAGUAUCUACAAUGUGGCAAGAGAAAUACCAGAGAUUGGGUUUCUGA